AUGUCAGAUUCCAACCACACUGGUAUCUUCUUCUUCCUAGCAGGCCUCCCAGGCCUUGAGGUGGUGCACAAAUGGCUCUCCAUCCUUCUGUGUGCCAUGUAUGGGGCCUCUCUGGCAGGGAACAGAUUGAUCCUAUGGCUGGUGAAGUCAGAGCCCUCCCUUCACCAGCCCAUGUACUACCUGCUGUCGAUGCUGGCAGUGACUGACCUGGGCCUGUCUGCCUCCACGCUGCCCACCAUGCUCCCCAUCUAACUGGGCCUCAGGCAGGUGUCAGUGGAUAUGUGCCUGGCCCAGCUCUUCUUCCUCCACACCUUCUCCAUCAUGGAGUCCUCCGUGCUGCUGACCAUGGCCUUGGACCGUUUUGUGGCCAUCAACAACCCCCUACACUAUGGCACCAUUCUCACGAGCCCCGGUAUAGCCAGCUUGGGCCUGGCCAGUGUGGUGCUCAGCCUCGGGCUCCAAAUCCCAGCCCCCAUCAUGCUGAAGAAAUUGCCUUACUGCCAGAAUCGCCUGCUUUCCCACUCCUACUGCCUGCACCCAGAUGUCAUGAAGCUGGCCUGUGCAGACACCCACAUCAACAGCGCCUAUGGUCUCUUUGUAGUGCUCUCCACACUGGGGGUGGACUUGGUGCUCAUUGUUCUCUCCUACGUGCUGAUCCUCCAAACAGUGCUGUACAUUGCAUCCAAAGCUGAGCGUCUCAAAGCCCUCAACACAUGUGUCUCCCACAUCUGUGCUGUGCUGCUCUUCUACACACCUAUGAUUGGCCUGUCCAUGAUCCACAGAUUUGGGAAAGCUUCCCCUUCCAGCCCUGUGCUGCUCUCCUAUCUGCACUUUCUCAUACCUCCAGUGCUUAAUCCACUGGUUUACACCAUCAAGACCAAGCAGAUCCAGCUGAGGAUGUUACGCUUCUUUGCGUCACGUGGGGCCGGCAUCAGAGACAUUCAGGCUCAGUAG